AUGCUCACGCCCGAACAGGAGGGCCACCUCCGCCUGCUCGUCCAACACACCAUGCGUGCAUUCUACGAGCCCCGAUUCAUUAUUGCAAUGGACCAGCUAGCCCGGCACAAUGUCAUCAAGGACGAGGAACUCGCCGGCAGACUUGGCCUAAAUACCAAGGAGGUCAACAAGAUCAUGGCCGUGCUGGAGAAGGAUGGGCUAGUACAAGUGCAGCGGCAGAACGAGCUCAAGGACGGCGCACAGCGCUCGGUCGCCCGCCAAUACUUCUAUCUCGACUUCAAACACUUCUGUGACGUUGUCAAAUGGCGCAUGGCACAGAUGCGUCACAUCAUCGACUCGAAGCUGCGUAAUGAACUCGACAACAAGGGCUACGUCUGUCCACAGUGCAAGAAGCAAUAUACACCGCUCGAAGCAGAUCGUCUGCUCGACAUGUCCCGCAUGAUCUUCGCCUGUGAGGUCUGUCACCACGAGCUUAUCGACAACGAGGACGAUGAAAGCGUCCGCGGCAGUCAAGACCGUAUGGAGCGCUUCAACAAGCAGAUGCGCUUCAUUCUCGACGGCUUGCGUAAGUCAGAGGAGAUGGUCAUGCCAGCUUUCGAUGUCUCCGCGGUCAUCAAAGCCCAGUAUACCGAGGCCGCUGCUGCGCAGGCUGCCAACGGCGAGCCUGGCGCAGGUCUCAAGAUUGCCGGCUCCAGUGGCCCUACAGCGCUAGAGACGAACAAGAUCGGUGUCAUGUUGACAGUGGACAAGGAUGCCGAUACUGUACGGCGCGAACGCGAGGCUGAAGCGGCUGCGAGGAGACAGCAGAAUGCCCUCCCGGCGUGGCACUUGAAGAGUACGGUUUCUGGUGACUUGACGGCGCUUGGCAUUCGUGAGGCCGAGAGUGCCAGUGCACACGCUCAUCAAGACUUUGCCGAGAUGAUGAAGGGAGAUGAAAGUCUGGCGGGAUUGGGAAGGGUAGGGCCAGCGAUCGUUGGCGGACAAGCGGAUGGAGGGGACGUCAAACCUGUCAUCAGCAAUGAGCCUCAGGAAGAUGAGCUCGACCAGUAUUAUGCAUCACUCGCUGCGACGCCUGCGCUAUCUCAAUCGGUGUCAACGCCGGUCGACGACGACUUCGACGUGUCCGGGUCUCGGAAACGUUCGCGCUCAGCGGAGGACGUUGGCGGAGGUCCGAACAAACAACCGCGAUUGGACGACACAGGAGAUGGGGCUAUGGUGGUGGAUGGAGAUGAUCCUAUCGUAUAUGUGGCUGGAGAGGCGCGUGCUUUAUCAAGCAUAACAGACGCAGAUCAGGAGCGCAUGACUGAGGAUGAAUACACGGCAUAUGCGGAAGCGAUGAUGAGCAUGUAA